ACACUGGGCGUUCAUAUAACCAUGAUCAAUUCACCGGAAGCGGAAACCACUAUCGCGCAUUGUUGCCACGGGUGAUGUUGAUUACAAAUGGUGGACAUUGAUUAACAAAUUUUAUGUGGUAAGGUAAAAAAAAUCAAGAUGUCGAUCGCUAUUGCCCAGGCCAAACACAUUUUUGGCCUGAAGUCAGGGGUCAGUGGAAACAUCUGCUACCAUGAUGAACAGACUAUCGUAUAUCCCUCAGGGGCAAACUGCAUUCUCUACAACAUUGAUCAGAAGGUUCAAAAAUUCAUCCCUGGAACAGACAAGAGUGAGGGUAUGACAGCACUUGCUGUCAGUCCAAACAGAAGAUAUGUAGCAAUUGCAGAAAAAUUAGAGAAGCCUACAAUAACAAUAUAUGAUCUUCAUAGUCUCAGAAAAAAGAAAAUGUUAAGUUCUCCAGAAGUGCAAGCUGCUGAAUAUGUUAGUCUGGCAUUCUCGCCAGAUUCAAAGUACCUGGUGGCUCAAGGUGCAAAGCCAGACUACACAUUGCUCUACUGGACAUGGGAAAAGUCGAAAGUCAUGGCCUCUAUAAGGCUAGCUGGUCCUCCCAUAUAUCAAGUCAGUUUUAAUCCACAAGACAACACCCAGCUCUGUGUGGUUGGCAAUGGCAUUUUCAAGAACUUCCGCUACAGUGAAGGCAACUUGAAGGUCUUCAACAUUCAGAAAGUUGAACCACAGAAUUAUCUGUGUCAUGCUUGGGUGUCAGAGGAAAGAGUCAUUGUGGGAACAGACACUGGAAAACUCAUGUUGUUUGAAGCUGGAGAAAUGAAACAUGAGUUUAACCUUGGGGCUAUGGAGAAAGAAAAAAAAUCAGAUGAUGAAGUAUCUACAGGCCCUCCCCAGAUAACUGCUAUUGUCGCAUACUCCAAAGGAUUUGCCUGUGCUUGCGGACUGGGUCUUGUUCACCUGUUUGAGAAGACAGAUGAUAAAGACUUCUUCAAGAAGGGGAGAGAGAUCAGGAUUCCGGAGGGUGCCAAAAGUGGUGAAAUGAUGAAAGCGCAGCAGCAAAUGAUCACGAGUCUCACAGUGAGCCCAUCAGAGGAGACCCUGGUGGCCAGCACUGACCUCAGCCAGCUGUAUUACAUCACACUGUCAAGUGCGGACAUUGGAAAGGGUGACCAAGCGCAGUUUGAAGUUCUUGCCCAGGCCUUCCACUAUGGUCAGAUCCUGGGUCUAGAUGUGUGUGCCCGCAAACCACUGAUUGCUACCUGCUCCAUGGACAAGUCGGUCAGAAUCUGGAACUAUGAAACAUGCAACCUGGAAUUGUAUCAUGAGUUUGGUGAGGAAGCCUACAGCAUUGCCCUGCACCCUUCAGGCCUUUACAUCCUGGUAGGGUUCAGCGACAAGUUGCGUCUCAGUAAUUUGCUCAUUGAUGAGAUCCGUACCUUCAAGGAGUUCACCAUCAGAGGCUGCAGAGAGUGUGCAUUCAGCAAUGGUGGUCACCUGUUUGCUGCAGUUCACGGCAAUGUGAUUCAGAUCUAUUCCACGAUCACCUUUGAAAAUGUUGCCAAUCUGAAGGGCCACAAUGGCAAGGUGAAGUCUCUCGUGUGGAGCUCUGAUGAUAGCAAGAUUGUGUCCUGUGGACUGGACGGAGCUGUGUACGAGUGGGAGAGCUACACUGGCAAGCGUGUCGGAGAGUCCGUUCUCAAGUCCUGCCACUACACUGGGGUCGCUGUGACCCAUGAUGGGAAGACCACAUUUGCUGUCGGAUCUGAUAAAACUCUGAAGGAGAUCUCAGAUUCUCAGAUUCUUCGUGAGGUGGAUGCAGGUGAGACCACUCUGAGCAGUGUUGCCCUGUCCCACUCUGGGCGCAUGCUGUUUGGGGGUACCGCCAAGGGCACACUGUGGUCCCUGAAGUUCCCCCUGACUAUCCCUGGGGAGUGGCAAGAGCUGCAGGGGCACGGAUCACAGAUCACUAAGAUGAAGAUCACCUAUGAUGACCAAUACCUGGUCACCGUCUCCGAGGACGCCUCAGUGAUCCUGUGGAAGAUCCAAGAUAAGGAGGGCCGCGGGACCAAGCGUGAUAAGGAGGUUGGCUGGGCAGAAGAGAUCCUGAUCACCAAAGGCGACCUUGAGGACAAAAACUCAACCAUGGCAGAGCUGAAGACCCGUGUGGAGGAGAUGGGGGUGGAGAACGGGUACCAGCUGCGUCUCAAGGACAUGAACUACAAUGAGAAGAUUAAAGAGCUCACAGAGAAGUUCAUACAGGAGAUGGAGUCCCUCAAGACCAAGAACCAGGUGCUGAAGACAGACAAGGACAAGGAAGAAGCCAAGCAUGAAGAAGAGAUGGCUGAGCUAAUGGAGAAACACAGCAAGGAGAUGACUGAUCUUGAGUCAGCCAACAACCAGAAGCUGAUGCUUGAGUAUGAGAAGUUCCAGGAACAGCAGGCCAAGAUGAUGAAGAUGCAGGAGGACUACGACCGCCAGAUAGCAGAGAUGGAGGAGAGCAAGGCGCGUGCCCUCACUGACCUCACAGAGUACUACGAGACCAAACAGCAGGAGAUGACCACCAAACUGGAGCAGGCAAAUGAUGAGACUCGUCAGCAGACUAGGGAAUAUGACGAGACAAAGAAACAGAUUGAGGAAGACUCAGACAGAGAGAUCCUGGACAUCAAGAACAAGUAUGAGAGACGUCUGCGAGAUGAGAAGGAGGCCAACAUGAGGCUGAAAGGAGAGAACGGCAUCAUGCUCAAGAAGUUCACAAGCCUUCAGCAUGAGAUAAAGAAACACCAGGAUGACAUCAAGAAGUACCAGGCAGAGAAGCUGAAGCUGGAGAACAUCAUGCACAAUCUGCAGAAGGAGGUGGCCAGUCUGCAGAAAGAGAUGGAGGAGAGAGACGAAACCAUCAAGGAUAAGGAAAAAAGAAUAUACGACCUGAAGAAGAAGAACCAGGAGUUGGAGAAGUUUAAGUUCGUGCUUGACUACAAGAUCAAAGAGUUGAAGAAGCAGAUUGAGCCCCGUGAGAGUGACAUCAAGAGUAUGAAGGAACAGAUUCAGGAGAUGGAGAGUGAGCUGGACAGAUUUGACAAGCUGAACACGCAGCUGGAGUUGAACAUCACAGAGCUUAGACAGAAACUCAAGGCUACGGACAAGGAAAUGCACCAGGAAAGACAGAGGGUGCGUGACAAGGAGGCGGUUGUGAAGCGGUUCAAGACAGACCUGCACAACUGCGUAGGCUACAUCCAGGACCCCAAGAUGCUCAAGGAGUCAAUCAAGGCCCUUUACACCAAACAUGUGCAGGAAGACAUUACGGAAUCAGCCAGCGUGGAUGCAGAUAUUCAGAAGGAGUACAGUCGCCAGCGUGAGCAUCUAGAGAGAUCAGUUGCCUCCCUUAGAAAGAAGCUCGCCAAGGACUCGGAAAUCCACCGUGCUGACAAUGUCCGCAUUAUGCAGGAGAAUGUGAGUCUGAUCAAGGAAAUCAACGACCUCCGCCGCGAACUGAAGAUUGCAAGAACUCAGAUCCAUGACCUUGAGGCGGCCAUUAAGCAGAAUAUGAAGAAAGAAAAGGGCGGAGAGUAUCCGGACAUUUAUGCAGUAAUGCUGAAGGCACCAAAUGCGAUGAUCGAGAACGAAAUGGACGAGAAGAACAAGAUCAUUGACAUGCAGAAGCUUGAGAUCAGGAAGUUACGUCAUGAGUUGGAGACUGGUUCCCGACCGUCUUCUUCGUCACGGCUUCCCCCCAUGCAACCUGUUGAGUCAUCUGCUUAGACAACUUUGUGCUGCAUAAUUUGACUAUCCAUUUGGUUAGAAAAACUUUAAAAGAUGUUAUUUCCGGCAUAAAUGAUGAUGGUUGUGUAAAAUUGUUUUAAAUUAUUAACAAAUGAGAAUUAAAGUCAUCUGUUUAGAACUUGUCGGUCCAAAAUUAUUUGGUUGAUUUUACGUUUGGUUUUCUGCAUAAAUUUAUACAGAUAUAUUCUAAAUCUUCUUUUAUGGAAACAAAAAUAAGAAAAAAACUACAUGAUAACCAUUUGUUGUAUUGUUUAUGGUCAGAUUGUGUUGAUUUAUAUAAUUUUAUGUGUACUAUGCUGGCGUUAUUUUUUGUUUCAAUUGAAUUGGUAAAACAAAUAGAUACUUUCUCAUAAUAAAUUUACAUUAAAUUAUGCUAUAACAAAGAUCAAGAUUUAUUGGUAGUUUGCUGGUUGUAAAAAUAUGCAGACAGUGCUGUGUACUUUCUAACUUAAAAGAAUAUACAGUCGACCCAGUUUUCAAUUGAGAUGACCUUUCUUGUGAUUUGACACUUUCCUCUCUGUUUCUUUUAAUAUUGUAAAAAGUAUAUCAGAAAAUAUUGGUGAAGCAAUUGUUGCAUGAUUUAUUUUAUUUACUUUAUAAUAUAUUGUUUUUAAUGUUUUGUGUCUGUGAUAAAUACCAUGCCCCUUUUUCGUAUGUAGACACAUCUUUCCUGUGUCCGUCCAUAUUUCAAUAUGUGAAAUUUAAUAAUAAAUUAUAUGUGCUUUAAAUUGCAUCGUUUUACCUAUUGUGAAUUUUUGCUUGAUUUUUGGGUAAAAAACCGCGCUGUGUAACAACCCGUUGUGCAAUAAACAGGUUGUGCAAUAAAUUUAUUGCAAAACGGUUUGGAGUGUCUUAUUGCAAUUUGAUUUUUUACAACAACCCGUUUUGCAUUAAACCCAUUGUGCAAUAUAAUCAUCGCACAUUUCUUUGCAAUAAAUUUAUUGCAAAACGAUUUGGAGUGUCUUAUUGCAAAUUGAUUUUUUUACAACAACCCGUUCGUUUUGCAAUAAACCCAUUUUGCAAUGUAAUCAUCACACAUUUAUUUGCAAUAAUUUUAUUGCAAAAGGGGUUGGAGUGUCUUAUUGCUGUGUAAAAAUUUUAUAAAUUUUUAUAUACUAAUUGUUUCAUAAUGAUUUGAAACGGUAUAAAGGAAGUUUCAAAUGUCGUCUCUAAGGUAAAUAUGAUAAAACAAGACUGAAUGUAUAUAUAAAGUGAUGUUGUUCACCAAUUUGGGAAUUAAGUGAAGAAUACCCAGAAGUGCAUAAUUUUAUUGCAAAACGGGUUGCAGUGUUUUAUUGCAAUGUGCAUUGUUUUAUAACAACCCGUUUUGCACUAAAUUCGUUUUGCAAUAAACUCAUUACACAUGAGCUAAUUGAUUCACAUUGAUUCGAAACGCUGAAUAGAAAUAUUCAAAUGUCGUAUUUAGUGAGUUUGUAUAAAAUAAAACAGAGUUGUCAGAUAAGACCAAAAAUUAACAAACGUUGAAAUUGACCAAUUACAUGAGGAAAUGUGAUUAACAAACACAGAAUGUAUAUAAACAGUGAUCUUAACACUUUCAUGAUUAAGCUAAUUUAACCCAGAAAUUGAAUUAUGUUAUUACAAAACGGGUUGCAGUGUUUUAAGUCUAAACUCACAGUUUUAUCUAUUUUUUUAAAACAAAUUUAUUUAAAUACAACACUUGAAACUCCCUUUUAAUUCUUCCAAACCAUUUGAAUUAAUUAAUACAAUAGUGAUGAUUUUAUUGCAAAACGGAUUUAUUGCAAAAUGGGUUGUUGUAAAAAAAUCAAAUUGCAAUAAAACACCCCAACCCGUUUUGCAAUAAAUUUAUUGCAAAACGGGUUUAUUGCACAACGGGUUGUUAUAGAGCUGUUGUAAUGGCUGGUUAAUCAGCAUCCUCGUCUUAUUUGUUAUUAGACAUGCAUUUGAACAACUAAGAUUUCUGGGUAACCAGUAUGUGCAAUUCCGUACAAUAGAAAAAAAUACGCAUCAAUAUGUCGAUCCCAAGUAUGUAAAACACGAAAUAUUCGCCCAUGCCGCGCUGUAGUGGAUAUGGUGCAUGCCUAGCGACCGGGAUGUCACUCACUCAAUCCCCACUGUGGACGAGUUAUUUAGAUUUCCACUGAAAGAAACCAAGUACUGGUUCUACCAAGGAAAAGGACUUGAGAGCGUUUCAAUACACCUUAGGCUUUCGGUGCAACCGAGAAAGGAUCAUACUUUCAUAAAAUAGCUGUCGUUUUGUAAUACAUGUAUAUGCUCGCAUUUCUCGUAAUCAGGUAUGGCACACUUGUCAUUGAUAUUAAAUUUUAAUUUUGCAAUAAAUAAAAAAAUAUUGAAUUUAA